CUUCUCUUUUUCCUGUUUAAGAUGGCGGCAGUGAGGGCGCUGAGGAGCUGCUCGCGGACUGCGGGGUGCCUGAUUUGUGUUCACCAUAUUAGACCGUGUAGCAGUGUUCGCUUUAUAAAGUCCAAAUACAUAAGCAUAUUUGACAAAUCUGCAUUCAAGUUUAGUCAUCAACACACAUCAUUCAGAACGUCUGCUAUUUCAAAUGGCCAAAUUGUCCAGUUUAAGCUCUCUGAUAUUGGAGAAGGAAUUACAGAGGUGACUGUGAAAGAAUGGUAUGUAAAAGAAGGUGAUAGUGUGUCUCAGUUUGAUAGCAUCUGUGAAGUACAAAGUGAUAAAGCUUCGGUCACUAUCACUAGUCGUUAUGAUGGCAUCAUUAGAAAACUCUAUUAUAAUCUAGAUGAAAUUGCUUAUGUUGGAAAACCAUUAGUGGACAUAGAAACUGAUGCCCUGAAAGAUGUAGCCUCAGAAGAGGAUGUUGUUGAGACACCUGCUGUGUCUCAUGAAGAACACACACACCAAGAGAUAAAAGGCCACAAAACACUGGCAACCCCUGCAGUCCGUCGCCUUGCCAUGGAAAACAAUAUUAAACUGAGUGAAGUUGUUGGAACAGGGAAAGAUAACCGCAUCCUUAAAGAAGAUAUUCUCAAUUAUUUGGCCAAGCAGACGGGAGCUAUUUUACCUCCAUCACCAAAACCUGAAAUUAUCCCACCAUUACCAAAAUCGGAGACUGUGCCAGCUGCUGCAAAGGACAGAGGAACUAAAAUUCCUAUACCCAUUUCCAAGCCCAUCGUGUUUGCAGGGAAAGAUAAAACUGAGGCUGUGACAGGCUUUCACAAGGCAAUGGUAAAGACCAUGACUGCUGCAUUGAAGAUUCCUCACUUUGGUUAUUGUGAUGAGAUUGACUUAACUCAGCUCGUUCAAUUGAGAGAAGAAUUGAAACCUCUAGCACAAGUUCGUGGAGUUAAACUCUCCUUUAUGCCUUUCUUCAUAAAGGCAGCUUCUCUGGGAUUACUGCAUUAUCCUAUUCUUAAUGCGUCUGUGGAUGAAAACUGUCAAAAUAUCACAUACAAGGCUUCUCACAACAUUGGAGUUGCUAUGGACACAGAACAAGGCUUGACUGUCCCUAAUGUGAAAAAUGUUCAAGUCUGUAGCGUGUUUGAGAUUGCUUCUGAAUUAAAUCGCCUUCUGACCUUGGGCUCUGCAGGCCAGUUGGGAACAAAUGACCUCACUGGGGGAACAUUCACUCUCUCCAAUAUUGGCACAAUUGGUGGUACCUAUGCCAAACCAGUGAUACUACCUCCUGAAGUAGCUAUUGGUGCUCUUGGAAAGAUACAGGUUCUUCCCCGAUUUAAUGGUAAUGGGGAAGUAUUUAAAGCACAGAUAAUGAAUGUGAGCUGGUCAGCUGAUCAUAGAAUUAUUGAUGGAGCUACAAUGGCCCGUUUUUCUAACUUGUGGAAAUCCUAUUUGGAGAACCCUGCUUCCAUGCUGCUAGAUCUUAAAUAAAGAACACUAAUGCCAGAACACAUCCCUAAACUUUGGGGGAAUAAACUCAAUAAUUAUAAAAGCUAGCUAUGCUAGCAUAUGUCCGUUAGUACUUUUCUUAUUAUACAAUUAUAUUAUGUUGAAAGGUCUCAAGAGCCUAUGUCAGUCUAUUGAUAACCUGUUCCAUUCUUUUCAAUUAAAAUGGGUAGUUUUGUAGUUUAUUCUGUGGGAGGCUGUCAUACUUAAUAGGUCAUGGUGUGACUUCUAAAUGUAAUGGGGGGAAGUAUUUAGUGCCUGACUCUUGAUAAUAUGUGCUGACUGCCACUGAGCUGACAUUACUGAAAGACAGAUAUCUACAUGUCUGCAGUACUUUUAAACUGCUUAGUCCGGAUAGAAGGGAAGUUACGUCACAGUUAUUCCUGGUUGAAAACAGGAAUUUAUUUUAACAAAUCUAAUGGAAUAUUUCCAAGUUCCUGAAAGAAAUUAUGCAGAAAUAAUGUACAAAUAAAAGGUCUUUAUGAUUAUCUUUAAAGAUGUCCAGUGGACUUUUUAUUGUUUAAUGGUGUUGAUGUUUCCUCUAGUCCUCUUAUACAUAGAAAGUUCUUAGCACAGGUACUCAGUAUCAGGUGACGAUGGAAGAUGACAAUAUCCCCCAAAAUUUACUUCCUGCACAGUUUCAGAAUAUUUACUAGUAUCCAACAACUCUUUGUAAUAACACUGUAGAACUGUCUUGCACCAAACUCUGGUAGGCUGAACGUAUGUAGGAUUGUUUACAUGCUCUUAGAGUUUUCUUCUGGGAAGCAACAGCCUGCAAAAGGAUGCCAUGACUAGGUUUUCCGUUACUAAACAAAUAACUGCUUACCACCAUUGUUUAUCAUUACCAUAACCUAGCAAACAGCUACUGUGCUCUAAAAGACUGUCGUCACCUUGCACAUGACAUCUAUUGUUUGUUCAGAUACCAGGGUGUAACAUCAAUAUUUGAUAUGAAAUAGAAUCUGUGUAAACAGAGCAUAAGAAUUAGAUAAAUCCUCUCUAAACUCAUGUGCAAGGCAGACAGUCAAUACGAUUUAGGUUAGCACCCCCAGGACAAAUAGCAUAUGUGUUGUUUUAGGCUAAAACAAUGGACAGUAGGAAUGCAGGUUUGCAAAUAAGAUGCAAAGAAAAACCAUUGUGCGCAUACACAUGCCAGAGAAUGCUGAGUUGCAGAAACACUACAGGAUCAUUGUAAUGUAACCAAACAAUUUGGGGAAGUCAGGCCCUGUGGUGAGUAGAUAUAAGUAACCUGAAAGGUGUAACUGAGAGACCAUGAGAAGGAAGGGAGGAAGAUGCGAGACACUUGAGACUAGAGACCCAAUCCCUGAUGUGCUAACGGCUUAAGGGGUGAGGAAGAAACUCUCAAGCUGUGGGGAGAGGAUAUAAACCAGAAAUACAAGCUGCUACUCAUGUUCCUAUGAACAGUGGUUUCUAUCUGUAUUAGCUUUUGCAGUGUAAGACAAGAUUCGUUUUAAUCUGAUUUUUCUAUUAAUAAAACUUAUGACAAGC